UUGAGUCUUUUGUAACUUUGUUGGCCGUGGUAUAUUUAUGUCGGUUAUAAUUGGUAUCGCAACGGUAAGUAGCAUGUUUACCAUAAAUGGGUUUAUGUACAGUAAUAGCGGUGAUAACUGUUUUUGUUAGACAACAUUUUAUUUUUAUUUUUAAGUUUGUUUUUGUGGCUCAAAAUGCUGACUUCAAUGCCUGUGAAUUUCUAGUUGUUUUCAAAAGGAAUAAAAAAUGUUUUACACGAUGACGUUGGGGUUAUUGCAAUUUCAACACCCGAAGAUCAAAGUUUACUUUUGGGUCACAGCAUAUUGAUGGUUUAAAUGCAAGUGCACUUCCUAGUUGUUUUUUUAUGUCCUCAAACUGGGCAAAUACUAUGUGCUGUUAGAUGUACAGUUCUGUGGAGUUCAUAACUUGUGCGGCCAUCAUUGUUGAAUGUUAAGUAAUAGCAAAGGUGUAUAUCAGGGGUAAGCUAGAAAUUCACAGGCAUCGAAGCCAAACUUUUCAGAGUUACAAAAAACAAAUCAAACUUAUUUUUUUCAAACCAAAACAGUAUUUUUUAACCGCAGCUACUGUGGACAAACUAGUUUAUGGUAAACAUGAUACUUACCGUUGCAAUACUACUGACAGAUAUAUCACCUCCAACCAACUUCUAACACUAGUAGUAUACAACUCUUUCAAAUAAACUUAUGAUUUUGAAUGUGAGUUUAAGAAAGGUGUUCUCUUAUUAAAGCCACUACAUUUGAAGUUUAGUGCCUUUGCUGUGGAGAGUCUUUAAUAUGUUGCCUUGUUUUUAUUACAUUUUUUGGUGGUGGCGAAAUUAAGAUUCUCACAGCAAAAUUGAAAGGCUCUGCACACUGAAAGGCUGUCUGUCUGCCACUGAACUGGUUGAUGUAUCCCUGUCCCGCAGUCAUGAUCUGACACAUUUUGAAACCUGAAGAAACAUUUUUUUGUCUCUAGAUGUUGUAGCACCUGUAACACCGGUUUUGCCAGCACCUAUGACUACAACUAAACUCUGUGUGCUAUAUUACAAGCGCCCCUUUUCUCCACUGUGCACAUUUCUUUUGUCAAAAAAAGUGAGGGGGGGGGGGGGGGGUAUGGCUUACCAUUGCGAUACCAGUUGUGACUCUGAUAGAAAUAUACCACAAGCCAACUAAGUUACUAAAGAUUCAAUUUGCGCUUUUGAAACAGCUUCAACUUCUCCAGAAACAGGUGGACUGUGCUGAGUAAUCUAUGCCAGCAAUUAUGACAAUGUUAGCAGACCAUGCAGCUCGUCAGCUGCUGGACUUCAGCCAGAAACUGGAUAUCAACCUACUAGACAGUGUGGUGAACUGUUUGUACCAUGGUGAAGGUCCACAGCAAAGAAUGGCGCAGGAGGUGUUGACUCAUUUGAAAGAACAUCCAGAUGCUUGGACGAGAGUCGACACCAUUUUGGAGUUUUCCCAGAAUAUGAACACCAAAUACUAUGCACUGCAAAUCUUGGAAACGGUUAUAAAAACGAGAUGGAAGAUUCUUCCCAGAAAUCAGUGUGAAGGAAUAAAAAAAUACGUUGUUGGUUUGAUUAUCAAGACUUCAUCUGAUGCAACAAAUGUAGAGAAAGAGAAGGUUUACAUUGGGAAACUGAACAUGAUUCUGGUUCAGAUACUGAAACAGGAGUGGCCCAAACACUGGCCAACGUUUAUAAGUGACAUUGUGGGAGCCAGUAGGACCAGUGAAAGCCUCUGCCAGAACAACAUGAUCAUUCUGAAGCUGCUGAGUGAGGAGGUCUUUGAUUUCUCCAGUGGACAGAUGACCCAGGUGAAAGCAAAGCAUUUAAAAGACAGCAUGUGCAAUGAGUUUUCACAGAUAUUCCAGCUCUGUCAGUUUGUCAUGGAAAACUCUCAGAAUGCUCCUCUUGUCCAUGCAACCCUGGAGACAUUACUCAGAUUCCUAAACUGGAUUCCGCUUGGAUAUAUUUUUGAGACAAAACUAAUCAGCACACUUGUAUACAAGUUUUUAAACGUCCCAAUGUUUCGAAAUGUGACGCUUAAGUGCCUGACGGAGAUUGCUGGUGUGAGUGUCAGUCAAUAUGAGGAGCAGUUUGUUACUCUCUUCACACUGACAAUGAUGCAGUUGAAACAGAUGCUUCCUUUAAACACCAAUAUCAGAUUGGCUUAUUCAAAUGGAAAAGACGAUGAGCAGAAUUUUAUUCAGAACCUUAGCUUGUUUCUCUGUACGUUUUUAAAAGAACAUGGGCAACUCGUAGAAAAGAGGCUCAACCUAAGGGAAACUCUGAUGGAGGCUCUUCAUUACAUGUUGUUGGUGUCAGAAGUUGAAGAAACAGAGAUUUUUAAGAUUUGUCUUGAGUAUUGGAACCAUCUGGCAGCUGAACUCUAUCGGGAAAGUCCAUUUUCAACAUCGACAUCUCCAUUAUUGUCUGGAAGUCAACACUUUGAUGUCCCUCCUCGAAGGCAGCUGUAUUUGCCAGUGUUGUCAAAAGGUCGUCUACUUAUGGUCAGUCGAAUGGCUAAACCAGAAGAAGUGCUGGUUGUGGAAAAUGACCAAGGAGAAGUUGUAAGAGAAUUUAUGAAGGACACAGAUUCCAUCAACUUGUAUAAAAACAUGAGGGAAACCCUUGUGUACCUUACACAUUUAGACUAUGCAGACACAGAACGUAUUAUGACAGAGAAACUUCACAAUCAAGUAAAUGGUACAGAGUGGUCUUGGAAAAACCUGAACACACUUUGCUGGGCUAUUGGUUCAAUCAGUGGAGCGAUGCAUGAAGAAGAUGAAAAGAGGUUCUUGGUAACAGUUAUUAAGGAUCUUCUUGGACUAUGUGAACAAAAGAGGGGAAAGGACAACAAAGCUAUUAUUGCAUCAAACAUAAUGUACAUUGUGGGGCAGUAUCCCAGAUUUCUCAGAGCCCACUGGAAAUUCUUGAAAACUGUGGUCAACAAGCUGUUUGAAUUCAUGCAUGAAACUCAUGAUGGCGUACAAGAUAUGGCAUGUGACACAUUUAUUAAAAUAGCACAGAAAUGCCGUAGGCACUUUGUUCAGGUGCAAGUAGGAGAAGUAAUGCCAUUUAUAGAUGAAAUUCUGAACAACAUUAACACAAUAAUCUGCGACCUUCAGCCACAACAGGUUCAUACGUUCUAUGAAGCUGUCGGCUACAUGAUUGGGGCACAGACAGACCAAACAGUGCAAGAGCACUUAAUAGAAAAAUACAUGCUUUUGCCUAACCAAGUGUGGGAUAGCAUCAUUCAGCAGGCAACCAAAAAUGUAGACAUUCUGAAGGAUCCAGAAACAGUGAAGCAACUUGGCAGCAUACUGAAAACGAAUGUAAGAGCAUGUAAAGCUGUUGGUCAUCCUUUCGUAAUUCAGCUUGGCAGAAUCUACCUGGAUAUGCUGAAUGUGUACAAGUGCCUCAGUGAAAAUAUUUCUGCAGCAAUUCAAACAAAUGGAGAAAUGGUGACCAAACAACCUUUGAUAAGAAGUAUGCGAACAGUAAAAAGGGAAACCCUGAAACUGAUUUCAGGUUGGGUGAGCCGGUCCAAUGAUUCUCAGAUGGUAGCAGAGAACUUUGUGCCCCCUCUCUUGGAUGCAGUUCUUAUUGAUUAUCAGAGGAAUGUCCCUGCAGCCAGGGAGCCUGAAGUACUGAGUACCAUGGCUACCAUUGUGAAUAAAUUGGGUGGUCACAUCACAGCUGAAAUUCCACAGAUAUUUGAUGCUGUCUUCGAGUGUACUUUAAAUAUGAUUAACAAAGACUUUGAGGAAUAUCCUGAGCAUCGAACAAAUUUCUUCUUGCUGCUGCAGGCUGUAAAUUCCCAUUGCUUCCCAGCGUUCCUGGCCAUUCCUCCUGCACAGUUCAAGUUGGUGUUGGACUCCAUUAUCUGGGCUUUCAAACACACAAUGAGAAAUGUUGCUGACACAGGUCUGCAGAUCUUGUAUACCCUUCUACAAAAUGUUGCUCAAGAAGAGGCAGCUGCUCAAAGUUUCUACCAGACGUAUUUCUGUGACAUUCUGCAACAUAUCUUCUCUGUAGUAACGGAUACCUCUCAUACUGCUGGUUUAACAAUGCAUGCAUCAAUUCUUACAUACAUGUUUAAUUUGGUGGAGGAAGGCAAGAUAAAUGCAGCAUUGAAUCCAGCAAAUCCAGUCAACAACCAGAUGUUUAUUCAAGAGUAUGUGGCCAAUCUUCUCAAGUCAGCCUUCCCACACUUACAAGAUGCACAAGUAAAAGUAUUUGUAACUGGGUUGUUCAGCUUGAAUCAAGAUAUUCCUGCCUUCAAAGAACAUCUAAGGGACUUUCUGGUACAAAUUAAGGAGUUUGCUGGUGAAGAUACAUCAGACCUGUUCUUGGAAGAAAGAGAAUCAUCUCUUCGACAAGCCCAGGAGGAGAAACACAAAUUACAAAUGUCUGUUCCUGGAAUCCUAAAUCCACACGAAAUUCCAGAAGAAAUGUGUGAUUGAAAUUUAAGCCAAGUUUUGCAUAGUUCCUUCUGAGCGGUUGUUGGCUGUCAUAUGGGGGUGAACUGCACUUGGGUAUUUGUUGACCAAAACAAUGCCAAUAUGUAAAUUACACCAUUGUCACCUAGUGGCCCUUUUUACUUAGUAUGCAUUUUAUAAGGAAGCUUUCAUGUGUAAUAUCUUUCCAUUGUUAAGAGUAUGUUUGGUCAUCUUCAUUUAGAUCUGCAUGAGAUUGUAAGAAUUAAGGCAUUUAAAAAAAAAAAUAAUAAUAAUAAUUCCCAUUGUCAAAGGCAGAAGAAACAGAUUUGUGUAAACGCCACUGCAAAAUGGCUUCUAGAACUAUUCUAUAGCUUAUUACCAUUUUGAUGGGAUGUUACAGUAAUUUAACAUUGCCUGUGCUCUGCAGCCUAGGAGAAACAUUGCAAGAUUGAGGAUUACAGUUAAGAUUAAAGAUGCUGCUUUUGUCAACAAUGUAUGGUAAGGGUUAACUCAAUUGGUUGUGCACAACCUAAACUAUCGGAAUUUGUUGCUAGACAGACUGCAGCAAUAUCAUGUGCAUAUCAUCCCAAUGUAUAGCAUCUUCAAUAACAUGGGAACAGAGAACAGUUGGUUAUUUUUACAGAAUUUUGUGUAUGUGUGCUGUCGCUUUCACGACAACAGCUUUUUGUUUUCCUCAAUGAGGAGUGUUGCUCAUUUGUGAGCUUUCGUUAAUUAGAAGUGAAAGUGGUUAAAAUAUUUAUGGGUUAGCAUUGGCUGCAUCUUUAUAACAACUCAUGUUAAUUUGGAUGACUUGUUCUAAUUUAAGUUUACCAUGCUGUAGUGCUUCAAGAACACUACUUAAGAGCAGAAUAAACUUGGUUUACAGUUAAUUUUGUAUUUUUUUUGCAUCUUUCAUUUUUUAUCUUAAUUCUAUCAAUAAUAUUCAAGAGGCUUUUAUUCAGAGAAUUCAUAUUUGCCAACAAUAUAAUUAGGAGGAGAAUGUAUAAACCCAAAUACUGACGUUUAAUGCCUAGAUGAAAACAGGAAAAAAAAACUCCCUAAGUGUUACAUUUGUUGUGAAACUUUUUGAAACUGAUUAAAGUUGAGAGAAUUUUA